CGGAGCCCUGUGUGGGAGUGCGCGUGGGCCGGGCCGGGUGCCGUGGACGCGGGAGGUCAAGCUGCAGCCUGCUGCCACCACUCUUGUCUGCAGCCCCUGUGAGGACGGCUGCUGCCACUGCCCAGUGCCCCGUGCUGCAGGCACCUCAGAACCACGUGCAGGGACCCCACUCGUGCAUCAGGUGCGGCUUCAGCAGCGGUGAUGGGAGCAGAAAACAGGGCGUCUGUCUCCAACCAGGCCCAACAGAACCAGCCACGUCCUAAGUUUUAUCAGCGACACACACUCAGUCACGUUUGUGGUGCAAAUGACGCAACUCCCCCGGCUGAUAAGCCCAGACCUGAUAACGAUUACAACAGUCUUUGCAGUUAAACCCCUCUGUAGCCAUCCACUACAGGCUUGCUGAAUUAGCAAAAGCGUCAACAAGUUAUUUUCUUUGGUUGGAUCAGAACCAUCACUGAUGCGUGCGGGGUGCUAUGUGGGAAUCAAAGCCGUGGUCACCUCCUGCAGGGGGCUGGGAAAUUGGAGAAUCAGUUGCCUGGCGUGCUUUAGGGCUGCCCUGGUCCCGAGUGCCCUGGCAUGUCCAGCUGAGAUCAGAACUUGCCCAGGAACAUGACCAAGGCGAGCUCCUCCACAAAGAAAACCCAGAUUGGCAGUGUAGGAAGAAGCCUCCUCGGGUGCCUGUGAGUUGGCCGCUGCCCAGUCUGCUAUGGAGGGAAAUCCUGAGUGCGAGAGCUAGGUAGGAGUUCAGUCAAGCGAGUGCAGUGCCCGACAAGGCGCGUCCUGUGGGUCAGGAUGACUCAGAGUAAGACUGAAAAGCGGGCGAUCCUUCGGUUCAGUCUGAGUUGGGAUCGGGGUCUCUGGCUAGCAGAGCGGUUCCAGGUAAUUUGAGUCAUUUCUCCGGGUCAGGUGGUGUGACUCGGCCACUAUUAAAACGGAAGCCAGAGAUGGCCGCUUUGAGCUCAUGGACGGGCACGGCUGUUUGGUUAUGCAGCGCUGAGCUCGGAGAGAGGAAGCCCACGGCCUGCUUGGCUGAGCAGGAGCCGCGCCUCAGGUGUCACGCGUCACUCACACGGCUCCUGGGACCUCAGCUUCCGUCUCGGCUGCCUCUCCUUGCAAACAAGACGAGCGAUGGCGACUGUGCGUGCCGUGGCCUGGGGUGCGCAUGGCGGGAUUCCAGGGGUCAGGGUCUGCAGGGCUGGGUCAGCUCCCUCCUGGUGCCGCAGCCCCUCGUGCUCCAAUUCUGUGCCCACGUGGCUCAGACCAAGAACUCCCGGGCGGCUACCCGUAUGGGGAGGGGUCUCUCCAUGGCGCUCCCUGGAGAGCCCAUGACUAGAGGGUGAGGCUGGUGUCUCCGUGAAAGAGUGCAGGCACCAGAUCGCAGGCUGGCGAGGCUCUGGGCGGUGUGUGCACCUGAGCUUUCCCAGGACGCCAUCACGGGGACCUCAGCCUGCACCUGGCUCAGGGAGCCACACAGCACAGGCUGUGAGACACAGCCCCGGGGAAGCACACGGAGCAGACAGGACCCAGAGGAAAAAGGCACAGAACCUGGGCUCAAGUGACCGGAGGCAGGGACGGGGAGAGGAAGUGGGAACUGAGCAGGGCGGGUGGCAGCUCCUGCUGUGCUGUGGCCCAGUGGCCUCCGGGGGGACCUGACUGUCCAAGUGGACAGGGACUCCCUUGGGGCAGCUGUUCUCUCCUCCAAGGGCUUCUGGAGCCCCAAGACAGUCCAGAAUUUCGCUCCUGCCGGGGGCUGCUGGCCAUAUGCUUCCACCUGCUAGGGGCGCGAGGCUCUGUCUCUGAGUCCAGUCCUCUCACGGCCACAGCAGCAAGGCGGGAGCUUAGUCCCAGUUGUGCCACAGCAGCAGCCCUGGCCAGGGUAGCCUCUCCGGCUUCUCCCUCCUGCGGCAAACACGAGGACGGCUGGAGUGGCGGAGGGCCCCUUGACUCACGGUGAGGACGCUGGGGUCCACGUGCGUCCUUAGGCCGGAUUCCCACUUCCCGCUCCUCACUCCAGCUUCCUGCAGAGCAGUGAUGGCUCGAGGAUGUGGGUUCCUGCCACCCAUCACGGAGGCCUGGCUGAUCCCCUGGCUGUGGCAUGACCGGCCCCAGUCAUCGUGGUCCUUGGUGGAGUGGACCGACGGAUGGGAGCUCCCCCUGCCUCCCCACGUGGACGCCUCUCAGACAGGUCAACGAGAAUAAGGAGCAGCGGGCUAAGGGCUGAAAGAUUUACUGUUGCCAGCGUGGGGCGCUGUGAGCCGGAUUCAGUGCAUCGCAAGGCCCAAGACGGGAGUGGCAGCUCCUCAGAGUGCAGAGCAGCAAAGCUCAGAUUGGAGAGAAAGACGCGGGGCAAGCAGCAGAGAUGCUGGGGAAGACAGAGGGGCGUGGGCCGUGCGUGGUUCUGCCUGCGGCACAUGGAAAGGAGAAUCCAGGGCCCUGAGCAGCCGAGGACAACUCCCCACUGCUGGCCUGGGAGGGGCCGGGCCUUGGCCUUUGUCGGGCCUCCGCCCCUGCUGCCCACGGAGCCACGGCACCGCCCCUGCUGCCCACGGAGCCACGGCACCACGGAAGGGAGAGGGCCAGGGUGUGGCCGGGAUCCGGGCUCACCACUUGCCGGGCCUGUGGGCCUGUGGGCAGCUCCUUGGUUCCUUUUGUGUUUGGGAAAUAGGAAAAUCGGGUUUGUGAUGAUUCAGCAGACAAAGCAGGUGAACCCGCCUUCUCCCAAGCCCAGCCCAGAGCUCAGACCCUCUAAACUGGGGGCCAAGGUCAUGGCUUCUUCACCCCCCGCCCAGUCGUGGGCGUCAAGUCAAAGGGAAAUGACACAGGGACGUCCAGGGCAGCACUGUGUCCACCUCCCAUGCACAGAGGGCGGGGCUCAGGCCCCUGCCCUGCUCAGAGGUGAAGGCGGAGCCGUGGGCUGUGUGAGAAGCCUGGAGGGGUGGACGGCUUGGCUCGCACCCCAAGGCGCGAGGGCCGCGAGUCCCAAGGCUGACAGCAGCGCCUAUAGCAGACUUCAGAGGCACCUGGUGCCAGCACAGCCUAGACGCAGGCGUGAGAGACUGAUGUAGGAGGCGGGCAGGCCCCGGCUGAGGGGCGGCUGUCAGGUCCGUGUCAGGGCCUGAGAGCCCUGCAGCGGGGCAGGAGCCAUGGCCAGCAGCCGUGUUCCUGAGGGCGGGAUGCCCCUGGGCACCGGAGCACGGGAGGGGAGAGCCCCCGCAGACUCCAGAAAGCAGAAGCGGGGGCGGGGGCAGGAGGCCUGCAGUUUGCAGAAGUUGAGAAAGUUCGCAAAGGGGGAAGGAUGUGGAAGCCGGGAAGUCCGUGCGAGAUAAGGCGGAGCAGCUGGCCGAGGGCUGGAGACGCCGGUGUGUGCCGACGAGGGAGGGAAGCUGCUCCCCCAUAAAGAAACCAGCGCCUCUGGGGAGCCCUGGGCCAGGACGGCAGAGGGUCCCGGGCCACUGCAUCCCAGGGCCGCCUGGCUUCCCCCUGGCCCUGCCCAGUUCCUGCCUGAAAUUAUGGGCUAAUGAGUUACUGAAUUUUACUGGCUAAUUGGCUCCUGCGUCACUGAGGAGACUGUGCGCUGAUGGCCGCGUCUUGGCUGUUUGGCGACUGAGUCCUUUUCUGUCUCUGGGCCCCCAUUUCCUUAAGGAAACGCGAGGGGGAGGCGUGGGGGGGAGGGGGGUGGCUCGGGAGGACCCCAGAGGCCACGGCAAGCCAAGCAUCAUUACAGCUGCAUCCUUGGGGGCGGAAGAGGCCCCAGCACAUCCCAGAGGGGGCAGGACUCCCUGUCGUGUCUCUCAAUCACCUCGAUAAAAGGAGAAGCCAGAACUGAUGGAAGUCGCUAAGGAUCCCAGGCUGCAGGGUGGGGGGGUGAUGCUGUUCAGAGCCUCUGCCCCCAGAGGGGGCUGGAAUUGAAACGGCGCCCUGAGGCUCACCUGGACGUGGCGGGGCGGGAGGCCUGCCACAAGCCUGGGCCUGCAGGGGAAGCUGCUGUCCAGGAAGUAAUCCUGGUGAAAGCAAUGAGGUGGAGAAGGAAUAAGAAAUUAAAAGGAAGCUUGAGAUAGGCUCAUCAUGGACCACAGUUUGACCCCGGCGCUGCGGUGCUGAGGGAGUCAGCGACAGCCACACGGAGCAACCGCGGAGUGCAGGCUUCCGACGUGGGUCCCGCAGCCUUGGCCGACACGGACACCUUCUGCCUCGCUGAAGCCUCCCUGCCCUGGUGAGUCCCAGCUCCCCACGGCCAGCCUUGCCCUCAGGACCCGAAGCCUCCGGAGUCACCUCGGCCGCCGCCGUGUCGGCACAGCGGGGAGGAGGCACCUCUGAGGAAGAGGAUGUCGGGAAGAUGCGAAGAAACGGCAAGGUUGGGGGCCACGGAGUUCUGGGCCCCUGGGAGUGAUGUGGACAGAGACCCCCCCAAUGCAAAUAGCACGGAGGAAGCUCGUGUUGAAAAAGUCCCUGACACUGGCCCAUGUCUCUGCUGUUUGCUUCCC